UAAUCAAUCAGCGCUCACGUUGGGUCUCUUCAUCUUCUUCUUCCAUCUCUCACGUUCUCCCUCUGAUCUGCUCUGCAACCCGUGGGAGGACUUCAUGGACGCCGAGGACUACUUGAACGAUGAGGAUAGGUUCAAUGUAACCAAUAGGCUGGUGUUGCUCUUCCCGAAGAUCGAUAGGGACCCGACUGAUGGGUUCGUGACCGAGCAGGCCGACAGGGAAGUGAUGCAUAGGACGCAGAGGGAGAUGGACACUUACGAUAAGAACAAAGAUGGGUUUGUUUCUUUUGCCGAAUAUGACCCCCCAAGUUGGGUUCAGAAUGCGGAUAAUUCUUCUUUUGGCUAUGAUAUGGGCUGGUGGAAAGAGGAGCAUUUCAAUGCAUCAGAUGCAGAUGGAGACAGUCUCUUAAAUUUAACCGAGUUCAACGACUUUAUGCACCCAGCUGAUACCAAAAACCCAAAGCUACUUCAUUGGUUGUGCAAGGAGGAAGUUAGUCAUUGCUUUUGCUUGGCCAAUUGUUUACUUUGCCUUUUUCCAUCUUUGGGGAAAGAGAUACAGACAAAGAUGGGUGGGAAGGUUAAUUUCAAAGAAUUUUUUCAUGGGCUAUUUGACAUGGUGAGAAGUUAUAAUGAAGAAGUUCACAAUUCUUCACAUGAACAUGAUGAUUCGAUGGAGGCCCCUGCUAGAAAAUUGUUUGCUGAGCUUGAUAAAGAUGGAGAUGGAUACUUGUCUGAUGUAGAACUACUACCUGUAAUUGGAAAACUUCAGCCAUCAGAGCGAUACUAUGCAAAACAGCAAGCAGACUACAUCAUAUCACAGGCAGAUGGUGAUAAAGAUGGACGUCUAACCUUGACAGAGAUGAUUGAUUACCCGUAUGUAAUUUACAGUGCUAUAUUCAAUGAGGACAAUGAGGAUGAUGAGUACCAUGAUGAAUUCCGUUAAUUUUAUGCUAGUUGGAACAAUUUAAGAGACAACUGAUGCUGUCCCUGAACGAUGAUAAUUCAUCAGAAGGUUCGAGAGAAAGAGAUGGUGAUAGUAGGAAUCAUGUGAAAUGGGUGCAGAAAAGAAAUGGGUGCAGAAAAUGUGACACAAUAACUAAAUUAUUCCUACACAAAUCCGGAUGAGGCCUUGUGUUGAGUCAUUUUCAUGGAGCUUCAAGAAUGUGCCACGCAGACGUGUCUGACACGUCUACAUGGGUGCAGAUGUGUCUGACACAUGAUCUUCAUGGAGCUUCAAGAAUGUGCAAAGUGAUGUGUCAGAAAACAAAAAGAAGAUAAGUAUUAAUUUAGUUUUUGGGAAUGAGAAUUCGCACACGGCCAGAUUGGAGGCCACUGCUGGCUAAUACAUUAGUUGUCUUGUAUAGGAUAGAAUCAAAUGAAUACAACGUUGUUCUACGUACAGUGACGUAAUUUUGAAGAUCCGAGUGCAAUUUCUCUCUUAUAUUGUACCUGCGUGCGUGCUGGCCAUUAAGAGCAUCCCAAAAGUUUUCAGUUAUUUUGCAUUUCUCAUGAGUUGGUAAACAAUAUCACACUACUACAUAGCUGUGAUUAUUCGGCAAGAUCGGAACCUAUUCUUGCAGAGAGAGUUGUACAGAAUCGACACAUACAGCAAAAUCAAUCGACGCGAGAAUCAAAUCAGCAUAGUGUGAAUGAGAAGAUCAGUGAUGUUCAUAGUUUUAAGGUGGAAACCUCGUCAUGAUCAUACUCGAUCGGUUAGUUUUUAGUGUUUUUAUCUCUAUUUUAUAUAUAGUUUUUUAUUUUGUUGAUGUGUUAAAUUUUUAUUAAGGACAGUAAAAGUAAUGUUUUACGGCCUCUCCGAAUGCUAGGGGCUCUCAACAUGAAAAUCUUAUAUUUUCGAAAAUCCUUCAAAAUCCUUAUGAUUUAUAAUCGUGAGCUUAGUCAUAUUUUUCGAAAAUUAGAUUUUCAAACAUCACAUUUGUAAGGAUGUAAAUACCUAAAGAAAUAUGAAAUUGGUACAUUAAUUUGCUUUGCAUUCCUUUCCGCCAUGGGUGAUGCCUAAAAAUGGAAGUAAGAGAUACGAUACUUAAAUCUUUUCAAGUUAACAUAUCUCAAAAAGUAUAUAUUAGUAAGCAAACAGUACACAAGCACAUGACAAAGGUAUCAAAUAAUAGCACUCAUAAAACCCACACCAAACCCAAGAUACAUUAGCUAUAAUAUUCCCCCUCCCCCCCCCUUCCCAAAUCCAAAAGGUUAGAAAUUAAAGUACAACUCAAUAAAAUACAAAGCAAAGAGAGAGCAAGAAGGAAAGCAAGAUGGAUGGUCCUACUUUCCCUCUACAAGUACUAUCCCACACAGGCUGUUAAAGGAAACCAAAUAAUGCGAAGUCUGAUGGGUCACAUGGAAUAAAAAGCAGCCUGACACCCACACAUGCCAUUGCUUCCCAUUCUCACAUGCACAUGCUGCCUGUCUGCUACACCCUCCCCACCUUUGUACACCCUAAUAAUAAUCAAUCUCAUCUAGCCAUCUACUUCAAACACACACACUCAUUGUCAUUAAAAAAUUUCACAGCUUCCAUCUCACAAGUCACAUCUCCUAUAACAUUAUUCUACACAACUAUUAAAGGUAAAAUAAAGUCAGCAAACUAUGCUCAAAAUUUGAGCACUUUUUUUGGGGUUAUGU